AGGUAAACUCAAGUCUCGAACAGCAAGGCAUUAUUGUUUUCUCAAAAAGACACAGUUAAAAACAGACAAACUUUUCUCAGAGAGAAAAACUCAUUAUAUAGAACUAGAAAACCACAUACACACAUUUACAGAAACUCAUGGCAAUGGAAUCUCCCUUCAAGGCUGACAUACUGAAGGGGAAGGUGGCAUUGUUGACUGGUGGAGGGUCAGGAAUUGGGUAUGAGAUAUCAUAUCAGUUGGGAAAACAUGGAGCCUCCAUUGUUAUCAUGGGCCGCCGCAGGAAUGUCCUUGACUCUGCUGUUGACUCCCUUAGAUCUCAUGGAAUUCAUGCUGUUGGACUAGAGGGAGAUGUUCGCAAAAGGGAAGAUGCAAUUAGAGUUCUGGAAUCAACUAUUAAGCAUUUUGGCAGGCUUGACAUUCUUGUAAAUGCAGCAGCCGGCAAUUUCCUUGUAGCAGCAGAGGAUCUAACCACUAAUGGCUUCCGAACAGUAAUAGACAUAGAUUCUGUUGGCACUUUUACAAUGUGCCACGAAGCACUUAAGUACCUUAAGAAAGGGGGACCAGGGAAACACCCAUCUAAUGGUGGAACAAUCAUAAAUAUAAGCGUAACUAUGCAUUAUACAGCCACUUGGUAUCAAAUCCAUGUAUCUUCUGCCAAGGCAGCUGUUGAUAGCAUUACAAGAAGCUUGGCAUUGGAGUGGGGAACAGACUAUGACAUUAGAGUCAAUGGGAUUGCACCAGGACCUAUUAAAGACACUGCUGGUGUUAGUAAACUUCUACCUCAAGAAAUUAUAAGCAAAGCUAGAGAGGCACAGCCUUUGUAUAAAUUUGGUGAGAAAUGGGAUAUUGCUAUGGCAGCUCUCUAUCUUGCAUCUGAUGCUGGAAAAUAUGUCAAUGGAACAACAUUGGUGGUCGAUGGAGGACAAUGGCUGAGCAGUCCCCGCGAUCUACCCAAAGAGGCGGUGAAGCAGCUGUCUCGAGCAGUGGAAAGUAGGUCUAGAGCAGUUGGGGUUCCUAAGAGCAAGCUAUAACGAUUCAAUUGGAUUUUGUCCUUUGGUCCUCUCAUCACAUUGGCUGCUUUCUUAAUGCAGAGAUGUUCACUUUAAUUGGCAAUAAGUGUGUGUGGAUUGUAGACUAGAACCACAACCCUUUCGUAUGAAGAGUAUCUUGAUCAUUAAUAUUCUCCUAUUGGAUUAGCAUCAAACUCAAAAAGAAUGUAAACAUUGCAUUUUAGAAAAGGGUAAAACGCAAGGCGUGCAUAGAA